CGUGAAGACGCAAUUUUGUUAGCCAUUGAACCAUAGUGAGACAGCUGAUUUCGCCAUGGCACCGCCGAGAAGGUCACAGCCACCUUCAGCAUCUCAAGAAAAGAAACAGAAGACGAUAUCGAGCUUCUUCGGUCCCAAGUCGAGCACUGCGGCACGAGCAACAGCUUCGAGCCCUCCGCGAGAACCCGCAAGUGACGAUUUGUUGCUCGUGGAUGGAGGCGUGGCUCUUUCUUUACAACGCAAAGCUUCAGCUGCGUCGAAGCGGAGCAUACAUCAGGAGGACAGCGACGCUGAGAAUCAAGAGCCCAGUCCCAAGCGAGCGAGGCAGAGCGACGACGAAGGCGACGUGCCAGCACAACGCACGUGCGUCGAAAAAUCUCGGUCGCAUAAUACCUCGAAUGUGCCGUCCAAGACUUCCAAGUAUGCUUUCUCGAGUAGCUGUGCGCAGAUCGACAAUCACCGUGGUGAAUCCGAGUCGGAGAGCGAGGAGAGCAAGAGGCAUAAGCAGCUGCUGCAUCGACGCUUCGUGCAGAAGCUGGGUCGUCCAGAUGCCAUAGCAGAGAUCAAGAGACGAAAUCAUGUCAUCCAACGUGAGAACGAGGCGGUUGCUGACGACGUUGAAAAUGCCGUUGGCGAUGAAGAGCAGGACGAAGACGAAGCGCCGAAGAAAGGUGACAAGGCAAAACCUAAAGGCGGAGCAAGAGCAAGUGGGAAGUUGACGCCGAUGGAAACGCAAUAUCUCGACAUUAAGAGGAAGCAUCUAGACACCGUCAUUGUUAUGGAGGUGGGCUACAAGUUCAGAUUCUUCGGCGAAGAUGCUCGAGUCGCGAGCAAAGAACUAGGUAUCGUCUGCAUACCUGGCAAGUACCGCUAUGACAACCAUCCUUCCGAGUCCGCAUACGAUCGUUUCGCUUCGGCAUCAUUCCCUGUGGCCAGGUUACAUGUUCAUGUCAAACGACUUGUGCAGGCCGGCUACAAGGUUGGCGUUGUACGGCAGCUCGAAACCGCUGCGCUGAAGGCCGCCGGUGACAACCGAAAUGCUCCGUUUGUACGGAAGCUCACGAAUGUCUACACCAAGGGCACCUACGUGGACGACCUGGAGGCGCUAGAUUCUCCAGCAUCGGCGCCAGCUGGUGCCACUUCGACCGGCUUUUUACUUUGUCUGACAGAGUCGAGCUGUAAAGGAUCUGGAAAUGAUGAGAAGGUGCACGUUGGCAUAGUAGCCGUUCAACCUGCCACAGGUGCAAUUAUAUAUGACGACUUUGAGGACGGAUUUAUGCGGAGUGAAAUUGAGACAAGGCUUUUGCACAUCGCGCCAUGCGAAUAUCUUAUCGUAGGUGAGCUCUCGGGCGCAACGGAGAAGCUAAUCAAGCACUUGUCUGGUACCAAGUCCAACGUCUUUGGUGACCGCGCACGCGUUGAGCGCAUGGACAAGGACGCAAUGAUGGCCGGCCGAGCGUACAGCCACAUUUCAACAUUCUAUGCCGACAAGGUCUCGUCCUCCAAAAGCCAAACGGCAGAUCAACGCAGUUACAUCCUCGACAAGGUGCAUCAAUUAUCGGAACAUGUCACCGUAUGCCUAUCGGCUAUGAUAGAGCACCUGACCGAGUACGGCCUUGAGCACAUCUUUGAGUUGACCACAAACUUCCAGUCCUUCAGUGCUAGAACGCAUAUGCUCCUCAACGGAAACACACUCAGUAGCCUUGAGAUAUACAACAAUCAGGCCGACCAUUCCGAAAAGGGCAGUUUAUUUUGGGCUCUCGAUCGCACAAGAACACGAUUUGGUAAACGUCUCCUUCGGAACUGGGUUGGUAGGCCGCUACUUGACACGAGAAGGUUGCAAGAUCGCGUCGACGCGGUUGAAGAGCUUUUGGACACUGAGCGUGCUGUGCAUGUUGAUAGGCUCAAGACGAUUCUUUCAGAUAUCAAAAUUGACUUGGAAAAGGUUCUCACUAGGAUUUUCUACAAAAAGGCGUCGCGACCUGAACUGCUUGGAUUCCUACAGACGCUUCAUCGCAUGGGAAAUGAGUUUGGACAUCUCACAGGUACAAACUUCACCGGCUUCAGGUCCACAACUCUUAACGAGAUGAUCUCACAGCUUCCCCCUGUAGCUGAUCGGGUUGUAGAAUUUCUGGACCGUAUAAAUAUGCAGGCUGCAAAAGAUGAUGACAAGUAUUCUUUCUUCCGCGACGAGUAUGAAACGGAGAAGAUCAAAAAGAACAAGCUAAGUAUUGCGUCUGUGGAGCACCAGCUCGAUGAAUAUAGAUCCAAGGCUGGAGCUAUCCUCGGCAAGACAAAGGUUGAAUAUACAACCGUAGCGGGCAUCGAGUAUCUAAUCGAAGUAGAAACCGCUGCCGGGAGUAUCAAGAAGGUUCCUGCUUCGUGGGUAAAGAUCUCUGGAACGAAGAAGCUUGCCAGGUUUCACCCUCCUGAUGUUAUCAAGAUGCUGAAAGAACGAGAUUUGCACAAGGAGUCGCUUGCCGCUUCAUGCGACGAGGCUUUCCGUGACUUCCUCAAUGAAAUCUCGGCAUUCUAUCAACCACUGAGAGACUGCAUACAGGCAACGUCGCAGCUCGACUGUUUGUUGAGUUUGGCAGAGGUGGCAUCGCAGCCAGGAUACUGUAAACCAACGUUCGCGUCUGAAGCGAUGAUUCAAGUUCGAAGAGCAAGACAUCCAAUGGUAGAACAAUUAUUACUCGACGCCUAUGUACCAAACGACAUAACCAUGGCUUCCCAAAGUGAGCUGGAAGAGAACCCCAGCGCUCUUCUUAUAACGGGACCAAAUAUGGGAGGGAAGUCAUCGUACGUUCGGUCAAUCGCACUCAUCGCCAUCAUGGGCCAGAUUGGCUCGUUUGUGCCUGCGGCCUCAGCUAAAUUGGGUAUGCUCGACGCAAUCUUCACGCGCAUGGGUGCUUUCGACAACAUGAUGCGAGGAGAGUCUACUUUUAUGGUCGAGCUUGGUGAGACGAGCGAUAUUCUGAAGCAAGCGACGCCACGCUCGCUUGUGAUUCUUGAUGAACUGGGAAGGGGUACGAGUACGCAUGAUGGAGUUUCUAUAGCGGAGUCGGUGCUUCGCGAGCUUGUCGAUCGUCGGGUUAUGACCUUGUUCAUCACGCAUUAUCAAGAUUUGUCACGUCUACAAAAGAACUGCACGGGACUGAAAAACGUGCACGUCAAGUUUCAAGAGAGAGGCGAAGACAUCACAUUCCUGUAUGAAGUUGGCGAAGGGGUUGCGCACAGGAGCUAUGGACUGAACGUAGCAAGACUUGCGGGGCUUCCAGCGAGUGUUCUCGAUAUCGCAAAGCGCAAGAGCAAAGAGUUCGAGGAAAGUCUGGCAAAGAGAAAGUUGACCAGUUUGGCGAAGUUGCUAACUGAUCUUGACGGUGCCAACCAAACAGGAUUCGAGCGGCUCAUUGACGGAAUCGAGCAGCUGUGAUCCGAAUUUUGGUCUGAGUAGAGCUUCGUAUGCAUGCUGGUGAACUGGCGCAAACGGAGUUUGCCGAUCGGGCAGAAUCAAGAGAGGCACACCUCUGGACAACCUCGAUUCAAGUGUACUGUUCCAUAAACCUGACGUGCUGUCAUUGUUGAUACACCAAAGCAGCGCGGCUGACUUUGCUCUCGCCGAGCCCUUGCAUACGCAGAAAAUCUCAACUCGAAGUAAUUAUACAAGGGUAACAGGAUACCACUCGAAACGUACUCCGAGAUACGGGACCAAUUAGCACGGCGAUAAAAAGGAGAUUCGAGUCAUUUACGUGUGCGGGUAUUAUUUAAACCGAGUUAAUUCCAAGAAGCUUAUAGCUUGUACGAUUGUGAUCCUCUUUUUAUUUUCAAACUCUGGUUGCAUCGCCGACCAAAAGCACAAACAUGUGGGACGCAGUCUGGAACCGUGUCGAACCGGUUCCCGAAAGUUCGUCUUUCCAUCCGAAAAUGUCGCCACAGCGAU